AUGUCGGACCAACCGAACAAUGUGGAAAGCAGCGAUGAUGAUGAUAUUCGAAUAGGGCCUCUCCCGAACCAAAGUUGGGAUCAAUAUUGGGAUUUCAUGGACCCUUAUGAUGCAAAAGGGGAACGUGCUCUUCGACUACGUGAAAAAGUUUUUAGAAAUAUGCGUGUUCUCGAUGCGGAAUUGGGAAGAAAUUUUCGAAGUCUAUUCCGAAAGGCGAUUUAUGCAAUAAUAGAUUAUGAAAUCCCAACAAGCAUGAUUUCUCGCUUGAAUGAUUUUUCGGUGGAGGAGCUGAUCAAAUUGAUUUGCACACAAAAUCAGGAAGUAUGGCCCAAAAGUGUACACCACAUUUCAGUGCGAUCCCUCUCAAGGGUCAAAGAGCACAACGAAAAGAAAAAUAACUUCAUUCGUUCAAAUCAGCAAUGGGAUAUAAAAAACUAUCGAGAAUGUUUCGAUGAUAUUCUAAAAAACGUCUUAUAUCUACAUGCAAAGCACGGAGAAAUGUUCGUUCGCGCUCUGACAGAGUUCCUCAGACAAUAUGGUUAUGUUUUAUGUGGAGAUGGGUCAGGUAUUCAUGGAUAUGUUACCAGACAGAAACUUUUUGGCAAAACUCGCUCUGAGUUCUUUGCCGAUCACCCACUUCCUAAAAGAAUUGCACCCAGAAUGCAAAUCUCUGAACGAGAAUGCCGCCCGGAUUUCACGGAUGAAGAACAAAACCCGUACGAUUUCAAAAAAUUGUUUCAUAGCUGCCUCGAGUGUGUCUUGCAAUAUCAAACAUCAGAAGACUGCGGUUACGCUUUCCGAAUUUUUGCUCCGUGGCUGGAUAGCGCAAAAAAGGCUCUAGAUAACUGUUACGCUGAUUUUCUUCCUCGCGAUCGGAAGCUUAUGAGAAAUCAAGAGGGAAAGAGACUGUUUAAAUGCAAGAUGGAGAAGAAUGAGUUGGACCUCUAUGUUCUCAAAGAGUGUGUUCCGGAGGACGAGCGAAUUUCAAUGAAACUGGAUGUUGUGAAGACGGAUGUAUCCAAGCAUAAAGCGAAAAAACGUAAACUGGAUACCGCUGUUAAGAAAUUGAAAAAACCCGCCGUGGCUCAUAAAACUAAUGAAAUCUCGGAACCAUUCCACCGUUUCACUCCCUUUCCAAGCAAAGGAGGGUUCACCAAUUAUUCAACACGCAUAACACAAUGA